GGACGUUGGGGCCGGGGCGUGCGGGCUCAGGGCUGGGGCGCGGGCGGGUAACCGGGCGCGGGGGCGUGUCGGCGCUGCAGCCGGGGGCCCAACGCUCUUCCCCCGAGCCGCUCGCCGAGGGACCCCGCGAAACCCAGCGCCUGGGCACAAAGGCGGAGACUGUGUGCUGCUGAGCUCGCCGGGAGCCGGCGGGUCCUGGGCUGGCAGCGAUCUUAGCCCUAAGGGAGCUGAGGCAGGAGGAUUGCCGAGAGUUCGAGGCCAGCAUGGACCACGGAGCAGCUGAAGGCCUUUGAUAAUGAAGUCAAUGCUUUCUUGGACAACAUGUUUGGACCACGAGAUUCUCGAGUUCGAGGGUGGUUCCUGCUGGACUCUUACCUUCCCACCUUCAUCCUCACCAUCGCGUACCUGCUCUCCAUAUGGCUGGGCAGCAAGUACAUGAAGAACAGGCCUGCUCUUGCUCUCAGGGGAACCCUCACCUUGUAUAACCUCGGCAUCACACUGCUUUCUGCAUACAUGCUGGUGGAGCUCAUCCUCUCCAGCUGGGAAGGAGGCUACAACUUGCAGUGUCAGAAUCUCGACAGCGCAGGAGAAGGUGAUAUCCGGGUAGCCAAGGUCUUGUGGUGGUACUACUUCUCCAAACUUGUGGAGUUCCUGGACACGAUCUUCUUUGUUCUUCGAAAAAAGAACAAUCAGAUCACCUUCCUUCAUGUCUAUCACCAUGCGUCCAUGUUUAACAUCUGGUGGUGCGUUUUGAACUGGAUACCUUGUGGCCAAAGCUUCUUUGGACCAACCCUGAACAGUUUUAUCCACAUUCUCAUGUAUUCCUACUAUGGACUGUCUGUGUUCCCAUCCAUGCACAAGUACCUUUGGUGGAAGAAGUACCUCACACAGGCUCAGCUGGUGCAGUUCGUACUCACCAUCACACACACACUGAGUGCUGUGGUGAAGCCCUGUGGCUUCCCCUUCGGCUGCCUCAUCUUCCAGUCUUCCUAUAUGAUGACACUGGUCAUCCUGUUCUUAAACUUCUACAUUCAGACAUACCGAAAAAAGCCAGUGAAGAAAGAGCUGCAAGAGCAACCUGCAGGGAAAGAAGUGAAGAAUGGUUUCCCCAAAGCCCACUCCAUUGCAGCUAACGGCAUGACGGACAAGAAGGCACAAUAAAACGAAAUGCUGGGGAAACACAAACUGAGGCAACAGGGAAGGCAAACAGAUGAGCUUGUUUUAAAGCAGAGACUGAAUUGAAAGUUGUAUGUUUUAGCAUAAACUAAUUCCUUUUGAGUUUGUAAAUCAUUUGUACCCAGAAUGUAUUAUAAUAUAUUACUAUUAGGUUACUCUAUUAACUGGGGCGAUGCCGACCUCUACAAACCUCAGAACAGGUGCACAGCCCCCUCUCCUGAGCUCUUUGUAAUGCCUUAUUCAUGUAGAAAACCAGGAGACUCGGGCUUUGUUUCUCAUGGCAAGUCUUCAGAGUUAAUUUUCUUUAGAUUAAAUGUGUAAAACUGUUAAAUGUAUUGUAAAUGUCAGGGUCUUUUCUAGUCUAUGUCAAGCAAUAACUGUCAGUGCAUAAAUCGAUUAGUCCACUGCUGCUUAAGGUGGCAGCCCCAGGAAGCAUUUAAACAGGAUCUUAGCAAGACAGAAUUCAGCAAAACCCCUUUCCCUCUUAAGCCAGGAGUCUCAUCUGCUACAUUUUUUUUAAACCACCUCUAAUUUUAAACUUAGUGACGUGGUAAUGAAAUUCGUUAAUCUUCAACAUAGUUUGAAGGUUAGUCAUUCUAUGAAAGGACAGCUGCUUGAGCUGGGUGUGGUGGCACCCAUCUGUGAGUCCAGCAUUUGGGUAUUGAGACAGCCUGAGGUAAACAGGCACAAGACCCUGUUUCAACUAGAAAAAAAAAAUUGUUUGCCAAAUUAUCGUAACUUGGGGUCGGAGCUUUGGACAGAGCUGUCUCUCAGUUUCAAUUGGCUUCCUUACUCAUCCCUGCCUGUCUACCUCCCUUGUUACUCUGGAUUCGUGGAGUUACGUUCCCCAUGUCCAAAGCUAGUGUCUAAAUACAGCUGCCACACCCUUUCUGAACAAAAGCUGGAGUCCAUUUGCACUGCUUCUUGGCACAGAAAUGCAACCGGAAUACUUACAAAUCAUAAUCAACUGAGCCCCAGGGGCAAAAUAGACAUCCUAUUUGUCAACCGUUGCUGCUGAGCCUGCUCGUGAACAUUAUUGAAAGUAGUUGUUAUCAAGCUUCAUGAGUUAAAUGCUUCAGGAAGGAGAAAAGGAUAUAGUCGUCAUUUGGAAAGAUCCUGGGGUCGGGGGGGUGGGUGGGAAUAAGCCAUGAUGUGUCUGGCCCAAGCAGCAAUGCUUUCCUGCUUAGAACUGUGGUCUCUACGGAGAAGGUAGUACAGAGGCAGACCAAGGCACUGGACUGCUUCCCUUUCCUCAAACUGAUGGAUCACCACUAUUAAACUAUACUGAGCGUACACAAAACACACCUUACUCUAUUUUCCCUCCAUUUUAGCAAAUAUGUUCUUGGUUCAUGGCACUGGCAUCCAGCCCAUGGGCACCAGGUAGACUUUCCUCGAGUGCCAACAGUGGGACCUGCCCACCCCUGUCUUCCCUUUCUGGGCAAGCUCCCAUUUUAACUUUUCCCUGUUAAAAAUUGUCCUGACGUUUUAAACUUGUAAGUAUACCUCCCUUCUAGCUGGUGUAUUUUGAAAAACACCACAGUCUGAUGUCCUGUGCCAUUUCUGUCACUCCUGUUGAACAGAUUCUUCCUGUCUGGUGGCCACCUAUGCUUCAAUGCAUUUUCUAAACAAUUUUCUCAAACUGAUCUGCUCCCAGGUGCUUUAUUACCACCAUCUCUGGUGACUUAGACUAAAGUUGGUGUGCUAUUCUUUCCCAAGAAUUCAUUUUAAGGGUUAGCUUUGAGUAUGUUGUUGUUCUUCUAUGACAAGACCAAAGGAACAAACUCCUUGGUAAAUCUGGAGUUCAGCUUUAGUUUUCAAACACAAUCUUAAAUCUGUCACUAAAAUGAAUUCUGGGUAAAAAUGAGACUCAAGAGGCAUCACUGGCCACUGCACCAGAUUAUUCUUGCUUGCCAGUGAGAGGCAAUGAAGUCCCGCUGUGCAUCAUACCUUCAGCUUAGGAUGUUUUCAUGACCUCACAUCUUCCUAUGGUAGAUCAACAAUGGCAGCUCACAGUACCAGCCAGCUUUAGACCUCCCAGAGCAAAGUUCAGUGCAGCACUAAGCCUUAAACCACCCAAGGGCUGUCAAACCAUGCAGAGCUAUGAAAUCUGUGCUGAGAAAAUGCGAUCUGGAAAGAUUUAAACUCAUUCUUAGUGUGAAUUUUCUAAAAUAGAAAUAUAAAAAUUGUCUCUAUAAUCUGAUAGAAAACUGUGUUUUCCCAAGUAAAUCCCUUUUAUUCAUGAGAACAAAAGUACUUGGAUACUAUAAAACCUUAAUUUCCCCAACUAUUAAAAUAAAAUGGAAUAUUUGCUGAAUUAAUUAAGCAUAGAAAAUGUCAACCCAUCAGAAUUAUAUUUAUACAUGUUGGUGGAUAAGUUCCUGUCUUCCCACAUCAGAGAAUUAUUUUUUUUUUUUUACCAAAAUGGGCAGAAUAGCAUUUUGUAUGUUAGAGACUAUUCUUUUCUAGUCCUUCCAAACAUUCCUGUGUCAUUUAAGAAUGUUAGUAGAGGUCAUUUCUUUGGAAAUUGAGGACUUUUUGUUUUCCUUUGAAAGUAUGGCAUCUGAAGAACACAGUAUCAUGACUCGGGUGGAAAGGGAGGCAGAAGCCAUUUUUCUUUUAGAUGAAAAGCAUUCUGUGUGAUUGUUGUAUAAUAAAUUGAUUUUUACACUAAAA